CGCGUGUGUGCGCGCGCAUGCAUGCGAGCCAGCGUGGGAGGGAAGACUGAGACGAGCGGAUUGCUGUCAAGAAAGGCGGCGGAGGGUUUCCUUCUUUUCCCCACCCUCCCUUCCUCUCCCCCUCACCCCUUUUGUCACCCCGAUCCACCCGUGUCUCGGCCGCCCCCAUCCCCACUUCUCCUUCCUUCUCCCCCCCCCCCUCCCUCCCUCCCUCUUUUCCCUUUACGAACAUGGCUAGCGAAAAUCGCCCGGCGCCUGAAUCUCGGCCGCCGCCGCCCGUCGAUCCAGACCAAAGCUGCGGUCUGUGCGGCAAAAUGGAGAAGCUGCUACUGUGCGGGCGAUGUAAAAUGUCUUUCUAUUGUAGCAAAGAGCACCAGAAGCAGGACUGGAAGAAGCACAAGCAAGUCUGUAAGGAAGCGGCGAGCCGGCAGGGCCGAGCGACGGACGAGGGUACGCACAACACUUCAGCAAACAGUAACCACCAGCUGCCGCGGCGGCACCUCACACGGGACCCCGUCAAUGGGCAACAGCCAGAGAAGAACCAAGAAACGCAAGGAACGGCAGGCCACCUGCUCACCGGAGCAGGCAUCAAAAGUUGGAGUCAUCGGGGGCCGCACGGUCUGAGCGGCGGCUCUCAGAAACUGGUUCUGGAGUACAUUGUUCCAUGCAUGAACAAGCACGGCAUCUGCGUGGUGGACAACUUCCUGGGCGAGGAGACGGGCGACAGUGUGCUGAGGGAGGUGAGGGAACUGCACCGCAGGGGCCGUUUCACUGACGGCCAAGUGGUCAAUCAGAAAGGAGACUCCUCCAGGGACAUUCGCGGCGACCAGAUUACCUGGAUUGAUGGCAAAGAACCGGGCUGCACGCAGAUCGGGAUCCUAAUGAACAACAUGGAUGAUCUGAUCAGGCACUGCAACGGGAAACUAGGCAACUACAAUAUUAAUGGCAGGACGAAAGCAAUGGUUGCAUGUUACCCAGGCAAUGGAACCGGAUAUGUACGUCACGUUGACAAUCCUAAUGGAGAUGGACGAUGUGUCACAUGUAUCUAUUAUCUAAAUAAAAAUUGGGAUGCACAGGUAAACGGAGGUCUUCUUCGAAUUUUUCCAGAAGACAAAUCACAGUUUGCUGAUAUUGAACCAAAGUUUGACAGGCUACUAUUUUUUUGGUCAGAUCGACGAAACCCACAUGAAGUACAAUCAGCUUUUGCCACAAGGUACGCCAUAACAGUCUGGUAUUUUGAUGCAGAUGAGCGAACACGAGCUAAAGACAAAUAUUCAACAGGUGAAAAGGGAGUAAAAGUUGAAUUAACUAAACCUUCAAAAGACAAUUUGAAAGAAUUUUAAAACCUUCUUUUCCAUUGAGAUAACUUUACCUCAUGAAUGCUGCCAAAUGAGUGGAUGAAGAAUAUAAUAACUACAGUUUGUGACAGGAUGGAAAUUCAGCGACAAAAUGUACUGCAAGAAUGGAACCUAAAUGCCAAGGCUUUACUUUGUAUUCAUUAUCUCUGAUGUUUUUGUUUUGUGUGAAAUGCUUUGGUUGGAACAGGAACAGAAAUACCCCAGCUGGAAUGGUGAAAUGUAGAAAUGCCAGAAAUUAUUCAAAUGCCCUCUGUUUGUCUUUUUUCUUAGUCAUAGAAACUCAUUCCUAUAUUUCAUUAAUUUGAAAUUUGGGAUAAUUUGAAAAAUAAAAUGUAACCUAUGAUAGAUCAAGAAAUCUGCAUUAAUGAUAAUCAUGAGGAAACUAUUGAUUUUUCUGCCUGAUUUCAGUUUCAGUCACUGGUGAGAAAUUGCAAGCAUUUUAAAUAUAAAUGCAAUGUAUAUUCAACUCAAUAAUAACUUUGGUUGUAGCCAUUCAUCACAAGCAGUAUUAAAAAAAAAACUGUCACUUGGUUUUGAGCAACAUAUGCAUGCCUUUCAAAUAGUCUAUUUUUCUUUUAUUUCCCUCGACUUAUUCCAUUCUGACCAUUAUCAUGUACUUUCAUUGUUACAUCACUACUUUUAAUUUUCUGACUUUUGCCAUUAGUUGAGGUCCCCAAUUUUUGUUCCUAUGAAUUUGGUGUCGUUAUAGCUGCUCUGCAACUGGGGCUUAUUAUUUAUCUGACACAUGUUUAGGUUCAUGGCGAGAUUCCUUGUAUGAGAGAGAGACCAAACAAGAUUUUUUUUAUUUUUAAUUAAAACGAUAGUUUGAUUCAACCAUGGGAUAAACCACCAGUGCUUAUAUCGAUGGUCCUCCUAAAAAAAGGUUGGAAAACAUUUUUUAAUAUGUUAACCAGAUAGAAUAUGUACACAAGCUUUAACCAAGAUGUUAAAUACUUAAUUGGUUUGAAUAUUGUUUUAUUUGUACAUUGCUUAUUUUGAAGCAGUACUUUGUUACAACAAUGGCAACAGUCCCCUAAUUUUCUUAAGUAAUUGUGAAGUUUAUUUUACUAUGAAUAAACCAGUGAACCCAUUCUGUACACAAUUGUUUUCAUUACAGAUAUUUUCUUAACUGACUCAGUUUGAAUACUUUCUGCUCAGGCUGCACCUAUGUAAUGUUAUGUCCUCUGCUGUCAACACUUAUAGAUGACUUGGCACAAUGGUGUAUUGUUGCAUUUUCUAAAGCAUCCAGCUAUUUUCUUAUUUGACAGUGUUUUAAAACUCCAUGUGACAUGAGGGCUGCAGUUAAAGAUUCCACAGCAUACACAUAAAUUACUGCUCUUUAAUAUUGUUUGAACAUUAUAAUAUAAAACAGUGUUAAUUAUGAAAUGAAUUGCCUGUUUGUAAAAGUUGCAAAUAAAAAAUAAAACUUUUAUCAUUGUUUACUGAAA